GGUACUGCAUAUCAUAUCUCUUAUGCUCAAUAAGUUAAUUACUAAGCGAACAUGAGUGACGACAAGAGACGAGAGCCGACGAUGGCGAUGCCGAAGCUGCUGCCGCUGUUCGGAGAGACGCAAGCGUUCAAGAACAUCUCCAAGAUUGACGAUGAGAUCGCCGUGCUUAAAGAAAACCUCGACGUGUUUUUCCUUGUGACAAUUUCCUUCAUCGUCUUCUUUUUGCAAGCUGGUUUCGCCUUUUUGGAAGUGGGUGCAGUGCGCUCGAAAAAUGCCACCAACAUCCUCUUUAAAAACCUCUUCGAUGUCU